AACGACUUUAUCCAAGAAUAUCUGCCUUUCCGAGACUCAUAUCUCGAUAUCCUCCUUGACUUGGAGAAGCCCUCUGAUGUCUUGGAGUGCCAGUCUUGUCAGAUUGGUGAAGGGAAAUUCCAUUGUUUGACAUGCAGUGGGGAUCAGACAUUUUGUCAUCCUUGCAUUGUCAAAACCCACCAACAUUUGCCCUUUCACAAGGUUCAACAGUGGACUGGAAAAUGCUUUGAAGACAAGUCGCUCGAAGAAUUGGGUAUUGUCUGGUAUAUGGGCCAUGGGGGGCAACCAUGUCCAUUUUCUGAAGACCCACAGGCAUGGGAGGAUAUGCCAUUGGAUGCAGAGGCUGGGUCUGUGCCAAUGGAGACCUUUUCCAGUUCAACUACGACAUCCACCCUGACCAUCAUACAUUCAACUGGAGUGUUUUUGCACAAUGUUGUUUGGUGUGGUUGUCCUGGGUCUAAGCAUCAGCAGCAUCUGCAGUUGCUGAAGGCCAGGUUAUUUCCUGCAAGCGUCACUCGACCCCGAACUGCCUUCACUUUUGAAGUCUUAGAUCAUUUUCUAAUUGAUGCACUGGAGUGCAAGACUUCAGCAUCAAGCUUCUUUGAGAAAAUUCGACGAAUGACCAAUCACUCAUUCCCUGGUACUGUUCCUAAUCGAUAUCGAGAACUCAUGAGGGUGUCUUGUCUAUGGAGAGACUUGAUGAGCCGAAAAUGCUUCGGAUUUGGCCAUGACACUAGGGAGAAACCUGGCAAGGGUGAUCUGGCUUGGUUUUGCCCUUCGUGUCCUCAGCCUGGCAUCAACAUACCUGAUAACUGGCAAGACAAUUGGCUCAUUUCGCAAAGAUUCGUUGUGGAUGGAAACUUUACUGCUCAACAUAUGACUAUGCAAAAGCCACAGUUAGACAUUAGUCUUUCAGAUGGUCUUGGUUAUAUGGUGAAAGAGAGAGAAUAUCAGACUCAUCUCUCAUUGGCUGUCGAAAGUAAGGAGCGCUCUUCUUGUAGCAAUCACCGAGCAAUCAACACUGCAAAUAUCAGCAGGAGUAAUCUUCGAGCAACAGGGGUAGGAGCAACUGCCUGUGCCCGACAUGGAUGCUUUGUUCCACACAGCAUAGUUGAUUUUCAGAAGGGCGAAAGACACAUGAACAUUGACUAUUCAAUAUGCAAUGCUUUGAAUUAUCAUUCGGCUGAUAUAGACUCCUCUCUCAUUAUUUAUGAUGUGGGGUGUCAGUGGAGUAUUAAUUUUUUACAGAGAGUGGCUGAGAGCCAAGGCUUAUCCGUACCAGAAAAUAUGCAGAUCAUCCCUGCGGUUGGAAAAUUCCAUCUCAGCGCUCACAAAUUGGCUUGCUUUGCAAGGUACAGCCUCAACUUUGUUCAAGGUGCUGGACAUGUUGAUGGGGAGAUUUUGGAGACCUUAUGGGCACCAUUCAAUAAGAUUUCCCCAACUGCUCGGUCAAUGAGUCAUGCUCAUCGCCAAGAAGUUCUUGAUGAUCAUAUGAGAGACUCAAACUGGAAAAAAAUAGUUGGAAUAACGAAGACUCUCUUGACCAAGUAUAAACGUGCUCUCAAAGGCGUUGAUGAGACAAAAUCUCCUUUUGAUGAACUGGCCCAGUCUCUGAAUCCUGGGAAGAUUUUGAUGUGGGAAAUUGAUGAGAAAAAGGCUGUGGAAGAACGUGGGGAGUAUCUUGACAUCUACCAGUUGCAGAUCAACAAAGCCCCAACUAUGGCAGAGAUUCGGCUCAAAUUAACCGAGUCUGAGAACGUUGACGACAGACUUCCAGGAACAGUAUCUUGGCUCAUCACUGGUAUCAAUCUGGAGGAUUUACAGGAUGCAUUGAGAGCGAACAUACGACAACUUCCUAAUGAUGCAACCUCUGCUCAGAAAGCUUCUAUAGCAGAAAAGAGACAGAGAUUGGCAGCUAGGAUUGCCAAAUUUCAUGAAACUGCCGAUGCUAUGACUGCUGGCAUGGAUCUUGAUAUUGGAACAGUGCAUUCUGACGAUCCUAGAUUCUGUCGUACAGAUAACGAUGGUAAUGAGUGGGUGGAGGUUUUAGAUGAAGAGAUCUCAGAGGAUAUAGAUGAAGAAAUCCUCACAGAAGAGAUGGGUAUCUGGAUGCCAUCUUCGACUUCUCGACACAACAGAUUGACUCUUGGGCUGGGCCCCCUUCAAGCUGAAGAGUUGGAACUUCGAAAAGGCCAAGCCAACGACUGCCUAGAAAACCUUCAUAUGGCUCUCGGUCACAAGGCCCUUAUUUAUCGUCAGUAUUUUCGAAGUGCCGAUUCUACGUGGGCUGGCACCAGGUCGAAGCAAGAAGCUCGUCGAUGUCAGCUCAAAAUUGACAAAUAUGUAAGAAGCUAUCAGAGGGCAAGGUCAGCAAUGCAACAUCUAGGCAUGGACGAAGCUACCUUGGGCAGUAUUUAUCGAGAAAUAUUGCCCACCGAACUGAGUAUAGACAAAGAGGUGACAGAAGAAAAUAGAUUUGGUCAAGGGUCAGACAGACUGGCUUGGUUUUGGAGGGUGAAUAAUACCAACGAAGGGCAAGAAGAUGCUUGGAUGGAUGAAUUCUAUAGGGUCAACUGGUUGAAGGCAAAGGCUAGAUGGAGUAGAUGGCAGGAGGAGUUGAGUCUGGUAAGACAUGAAAUGGGUUGGACCAUAAACUGGUUCAAGUAUCACCAGAAAGAAUGGAACAGAAGGUGGCAGCCAGCGACUAGACCUGGUCAUCAAGCCUAUGCUUAUCAACAGGUCUUGAUGUGGGGAAGGUUUGCUCAGGAUGCUGAGAAGGCUUUCAAUGGGUGUGGAUUUGUACCUUGA